GGGCGGGGGGACGGUGAGUCGGGGAUAAACACUCCGCGGCGGUGGCGGCUGCUGCUCUUCUGUAGGUUCUGUCACGGUGUCGGUGGUGCCCAGCUCGCCGGUCCCCUCCCCCUUCCAGCGAGCGUGGUCGCCAGAGAGGCUCUCUCAGCCCUGCUCUGCGGGGUCCAUAGCGGGGCGCGGGUGUCCGGCGGCGGCGGCGAGCCCGUGUCCAGUGGGGGUUGGUCCCGUGGCUCCGGCCCCCGGUGCAGAAUGGCGGCGGCGGUUCGGAUGAACAUCCAGAUGCUGCUGGAGGCGGCCGACUACCUGGAGCGACGGGAGAGAGGUGCACGGGGACGGGAGGGGGCCGGCCCGAGCUAGUGCCGGGAGCUCUGAGGGGCCUGGCAGCGGAUCCCGGCGCCCAGCCUCUCCGGGGGUGGUUGGAGGAGCUGAGAGCGCGACCCGCGAGCGCUCCCAACCCCUCCAGCUUUCCCCACGCGCGGUCCGAAGGGAGGCCGUCGCUGCCCCCAAAGUCAAUGAAUGGAAGUGGAAAGGGACCACUGCCCCCGGGAUCCUGAGUGCUUCCCCCUCCGCACUCCGUCGCGAAUGGGGUGCCCGGGGCCCCCUCAGCCAAGCGCUUGGUUUACCUCACCCGGCUCUUCCCUGCCCGCCCCCAAGUGGGCCUGGCGCCGGGUCUCCCAGUCGGCGGAGCAGCGCCUCCCUUGCCCCGCAUCCUCCGACCUCGGCUCUGGCUCCCGGUGUCUGGCCCCGCACCUUCGUCUGAGGCCGGUCCCACUUAAUAUACACCAACCUGCUGGACGUUGCCAAUGGGAAACCCAGGCUCCUUGAGACUUGCUGUGUCUUUCUCAACAAUGAGCAGCUGGAAUGCUCCUUACACCUGCUCCGAACUGAGGAAGCUGAACAUGGUUAUGCCUCCAUGUUACCAUACAAUAACAAGGACAGAGAUGCCUUAAAACGGAGGAGCAAAUCCAAGAAGAAUAACAGCAGUAGCAGAUCGACUCACAAUGAAAUGGAGAAGAAUAGACGGGCCCACCUUCGCUUGUGCCUGGAAAAGUUGAAGGGGCUGGUGCCACUUGGUCCAGAAUCAAAUCGACACACUACGUUGAGUUUGUUAACAAAAGCCAAAUUGCACAUAAAGAAACUUGAAGACUGUGACAGAAAAGCCAUUCACCAAAUCGACCAGCUGCAGCGAGAGCAGCGGCACCUGAAGAGGCAGCUGGAGAAGCUGGGCAUCGAGAGGAUACGGAUGGACAGCACUGGCUCCACUGUCUCCUCCGAGCGCUCUGACUCCGACAGGGAAGAGAUCGACGUGGACGUCGAGAGCACAGACUAUCUCACGGGCGACCUGGACUGGAGCUGCAGCAGCGUGAGCGACUCGGACGAGCGGGGAAGCAUGCAAAGCCUGGGCAGUGACGAGGGCUACUCCAGCUCCAGCGUCAAGAGAAUAAAGCUCCAGGACAGUCACAAGACGACGUGUCUUGGUCUCUAGGAGAGCGUGGUCGCUUCGGCUGCCGCCCGGAUGGUCCUCCCUGUCGGCUCCGAUUUAGGUAGCGUAUGGGACCUGCCCACAAUCCCCUCGCACGUCGGCUUCCGUGUACCACGUCACCAAGAGCAGCUGCGUUUAAAGUUGUCAAGGAAGUGCUUAGGAUUGUGGGUUUCUGUUUUUUUCUUUUUCCUUUUUUCUUUUCUUUUCUUUUUUUUUUUAAAUCCCCGAGUCCCAUCUCAAAAAGGGUUCAGCAGCCCGCACCCGCCCAGUGUCGGGCAGGCAGGUCCCGCUGAGGCAGUCAGUGCAGCCAGGACGUCCAGGGGCAUCUUGACUCUGUGUUGCUCAGUCUGGGGUGGCUGAACACUGCUUAGCCCCGCCGGAAGCUGGGGGACGCCGACCGGGAUCGCGGAUUUCUGAUGGCAUCCUCUAGCUUCUCUCUCUCUCUCCACAAGUCUCUCUGAGAGACCGUACAUUCCUAUCAGUUUGAAGCAUCCAAGAACUCUGAGGCGGAAUAAGCCCCUCUCACAUCUUGGCAGUUUCCCCCUCUUAUUUACUGUCCCGUGUGGUCUUCUAGACCUUCCUUAACGUUUUCUGGCUUCCUGUGUGACAUGCCUAGCAGAAAUGUCCAAAUGUGUCUUGUGCUUAGGAAACUGAAGGAAACAAACUUUUCAAGCUGAGAUCUUGAUCUCAGAACUCCAAAGUAAGCUUUGAAAGUGGCAUUUAAGAGCACUUAGCCCUGGCCCUCACCACCCGUGACGAGUCAGGAAUACCUCCAGAAAACACGCGCUUCUCACACAUACACACACAGACACACACACGUACACACACCCCCCGAGUGAACGCCCCAACCCGCGUGCAGACAGGAGCAGUAUUUCUCACCGUCAGAUGGACACCUUGCUUAUAGGAGUUCCAGCAUCAUUUGUCCUCACGAACACAAUGGUACAAAUCUGUUUUUGUGCGCUGUCCCUGGGUCCGUGCUGUGCCUGCUCUCUGAAGGCACGUUUCUCCUCCAAGCUGGUUUUGCUACUUGUCUCUGGAACAUUUUUUUUUCCUACCUCAGAGAUAAAUGAGAUCUCCAUUUCCCACUUAACACAAACUGAUUAUGCCUUUUUUUUUUUUCCGAAUAAGUGACAUUUGGUCCAAUGCUAAUCUGUUUUCCUAUGUAACUUUCAGCAAUAACUGAGCUUUGGCGCUGGCUGAGCCAGUGUCCAUCAUCAGUGAAAGGGGAAAAGUCCACAUUUUUACUCUGUUGCACGUGAACAGGAGGGAUGGUACAGUUACUAGAAUCCCUCUCCUCACCGACUGUUUUUGGACGCACCCGGAAACUUCUUUAUGGAGGCUUUUGGGUUGAUAGUUUAAAAGGCUGAUUUUUCUUUCUGGUUAUGAUUUCUCCCUUAAGUGGUCUCCCACUUUGUAGCAUUUUUAUUUAAGCUAAAACAGAGCACAUGUAUAUGUACAUAAGACACAUUAAAUCUAUAAAUACUAUUUAUUCAUUUUAUAUAAACUAAUGUAAUGGAAAAUAAAUUCUUAUGACUUUGUGCUUUUAUAGAUGUUCUAGAAACUUUGUAUGUAAGUAUCUACAAAAUUGGUUCAUUUCCCCUUAAUAUUUUUGCAUUCAUAUUUUCGAGGUCUCAAUGUUUUCAACCUCUGGCGAACCUUUUUCAUUGAAUUUGAACCAUUUGUAAUAACUGUGACGCUGAAACAGAGCGUGUGUCACAAAGUGAUGAGAACAUUCCUAAAAUCUACAGCCACACUGCAACCUAAGGGCUCACUGGCUGAAGCGGUAGUGGUGGCCGCCUGUGCCCCCAGCUGGCCUGCGGUCUCCCCCACCACAGCCUCGCACCUCCUCAGCGCCCCCUCCUUGCCCACAACUAAAAGUUCAAACGCACUCCACACGGAAGCUCAUUCUAGACGUGAAGAGCAGUCUGAAACAUUACCUUUGUGUUUAUUUUUGCUUUUUAAAUGAUUUCUUAAUGUAUUCAAAAAAUUUUAAUUGGAAGUAGUGGAUUCCUAAAUGAUUCCAAAGUCAUCUGUAAUUCUUCUGUUUUUGUUUUGUUCUGUUUUUCUCUUCAUUUCAGCUUUGGGUGGGGGGAGGGGCAGGUGAUACAAAAGAUUUUUCUUUCUUUUUUCCGUUUUUUAAUUGUUGGAAUCUUUUCCAAUUACCAGCUGAAGAUUUGCACUGAAAUACAACUAGUAUGCCUUUUGCAUUUUUAAAGCCUGCUUCCUGAAUUUAAGCAGAGUGAUAGUGUUCAAAGAGCCAGCUCAGCCUGUAACAUGUUUGAAAAAAGAUAUAACUGCACUUUGAGGUCCCUUUUGAAUGCCAUUCACUAGACCUCGCAAGCAUUUUAAUUGCUACCUUCAAGCGCCUCACAAGUCCAUGAUACUGGAUGCUGUAUGGCAUCGAAAACUCAAGACUUUGGGAAAAGCUUGUGGGCUUGCGUUGAGGGAGGGAAGGGAACAAAACUCAUGUAUUUUGUUUGUUUAAUUUAGAAGUAAGGCAUCUGAGAGAUGCCGUUAUUUUUUGUGUUUCAAUUGUUGUGCCUUUUGAGUUAAACUGCAUUUCUGUCUUUCGGUUGGAAUAUGAAAUGUACUGUCCCGAUAUAAAAUAGUGAUUAUUUGACCUUUGCACUGUUUGUCUGGUCCUUUUCCAUUUGAUGGCAUAUAAAUGUGGAACUUGAUAGAUCUCUAUAUUUUUUAUGCACUUGUGAUAAACUGACACCAGGGUUAGACACAACUUUCAGAGCUCGAAGUAGACCAAAUCGGCGUGCCAGACAAGCCUCUCUCUAACCAAAACUGUAAGCUUCAGGACCAGCAAACUCAGCCCAAGGCAGCUAAUCCUCUUCCCCACGUGGCUAAUCAGCCACCCUGAUUCGCCAAUCUGCCCUGCCAUUCACUUAUCCACCAGCAUGACUGUUAAGAGCUAGACAGUCUUUUUGGUUCUGGUUUUUCUUUUCUUUUUUUUUUUUAAGCAAAAUGAAAAACCUUUCUAUUACGGUUGUUGGGGGGAGGGGAUGGGCAAAGAUAUAAACCCCAGCCUUUAAGACUUUGACUGUUGUACGUAAAUAAUAGAUGUGUGUAAAUAUAGGCACAUGAAUAUUUUUAUGUGAAAACUGGUUUUAAGAAACUAAGAAGAAAUCUGUACUCUUAUUGAUAACCACUGCAAUGCAAGUGGGAAAAUAAAGAGUAUGUAGUGCAGUUUAAUUUCAUGCAGUGAGAAAAUCUCUAUGUGUGCUUCUGCUAACACCCAGAAGACCUAACUUUCCCUGCCUGUUGGCUUAGAAUGGCGGGCACACACCCAGGGUGUUUUUGGUUUCUUUUGCUAAGCAGAGAUCUGGAAUUCAAGGUGCUGAUAGUGACCGCGGCUCCUUUCUCUAGUCAAAUAUCUUAUGCUAGUGAUUCAAAGAGCGUCACCUUUUUGAGCAGGACCUAGAUUUUUCUUCCUGUCAACCGAAAGCUAAAAUAAUUUCAGUGUUGAUUCAGAAUUGAGCUCUAAGAAGGCCCUGACCCUACACUUGGCCGCUUAAGUGGCUUGAGGAAUUUUUUUUUUUUUUAAGAUGGGCAUUCUCCUUUAACCUCUACUUUUUUCCAAAAGAAACAAAGGGUCCUUCCCUGGGUUUCCUAUGGGUCUCUUCUCUGUCCCUGAAGUGGCCAAAAGCAAAUCUCGGGGUGUGGGGGAAAAAAGUAUAAACUGGGUAGGAUUGUAAUGUUCAGAAUAACUGCCUAGCAAUAUCCUGGGGCUUAAUAAUGCAUUUUUGUGGACUUCCUUUUUCCUCUCCCCCAUCCUUUAAAGAGAAAACUUACUUUUGAAACGUAUAUACAGACACAUAACUUAGGUUUUUAUAUCAUACUGAAUUGGCAAGGAUACCACUUUCAUUGUGCUUUAUAAUCCAUUUAGUCCCCCAAAUCUCCUUUCUUUCUUCUUUGUUUCCUCAAGUGUCUUUGUCUUCCCCCUUUUACCUGCCCUGUGUGUUGAACACCAGAAAGUCAAAGGCUGCAAAGCAAUUUCCUGCGUGUCAGUCUCUUAUUUUUGUAUGUCUAACUCUUGGAUGCAGUAGGUUUCAGUAGCUGGCUACUCCUGAUUUUAAAAAUCCUUCCUGGGAGAAGAUGACCCAAAGACCCUUUUAGAUGAGGUGUUUUUUCUCAUUCUACAUGAUCAGAUCUCUGUAGACUG